AUGUCAUACACCGCUCAAGAGGAGGAUACCGAGGAUCGGUCACGUCAAGAAAACGACGGCUGCCGGUCCCGGCUUACCUCUAGAAAUCUGGAUAGAAUCUUAGCCAAGGGCCAAUCAUCCGUAGACCUCAUCCUCACCGAGGCGCUGAAAGCAUCUCGGGUUUCGGCCAAUCCUGAAUUCACCCUUUCAAGGGCUCCAGUGAUAGACCACUCACCUAUGGCUGAACGGUCGUUUUCGCCGGCCAAUGGAACUAGUCUGACACCCGCCCGAGGAUUGGACGAAAAGAUGAUGAUGGCGGUGGGUCCAGCAGUCAGCGUCGAUGUCUCCGCCUAUGACGGCGAACGUAAGAUGAAGGCGGAAAUCGACCAGGAUUUGGCUCCGCCCGUCAAGGACAGCGUCGCCCUCUCCACUUUGAACCUCGUGGCGGUGCGGCGCGUUCUGAAGCGGAUGUCGCCUGUACUGGGGGCCAAGGGCGCGCCGUGA